AUGAACUCAAGUGAAAAGUUCUGCGUCGAUUCUACUUUAUCAAACGAAUUGGCUCGUUUCAAACUAACACCAACCAUCUAUAACAUCUUGGUAGGUGUAUGCGUCACAAAUGGUCUCUUAUCGCCAAUCGCAGUGGCAGGAAAUGGUCUCGUUCUUGCUGUUAUUCUGAAGUUUCCAAGUCUUCAAACUAACUCGAAUCUUCUGAUAUUUUCGCUUGCUACAACAGACAUUCUCGUCGGUGCGGUGGUACAGCCCUCGUUCAUUGUGUACAUCGUUAGUAAAUUAAGAUUGGACUUCUCCUGCAUGGCUUUUAUGUCGUACUUAUAUACCGAGAUCUUCAGUCUCGGGCUGUCUAUUUUAAUGUUAACCCUCGUGUGCUGCGAUAGAUACUUUGCUAUAGUUUUUCCAUACAAGUACAUCAUUCGCGCCACAAAGAAACGAGUCAUAAAAACUGUGGUUAUUUUCUGGGGCUCGUGGUUUCUGUUCAACGUUAUAUGCAGAGCAGUGAGAGUGAAAAACGACGAGUUCUUUUCACCCGUUGCCUCCGUUGUGAUCGCAGUUACUUUCAGUUUGAACAUCGUUUUGAACUUCAAAAUUUUCCGCAUCGUGAGACUUCACAAACGACAGAUUCUUUCCCACAACCAAGUCAUCAUUGACUUUAAGACACGAGAAAAUCCUGAAGGACAAGGUAAGGUGGAAAGCGACAACCCACGGGCCCGUUCACAAGACACACGCAUGGCUGUCACAGUGUUGUUAAUUUCCGGGGUACUCAUUAUCUGUUAUUUACCUCUUAUGUUGACUUCGGUGGCGGAUAUGAUAGUAGACAGAGAUGAUAUCUUCGAUCACGUUAUUUAUCCAUUAGCAGAGACUGUAGCAUUUCUUAAUUCUUCUUUAAAUCCGUUUCUCUAUUGUCUGCGGUUCAAGGAGCUAAGACACAAAGUGAGUCAGCUUUUAAGGAUUUCGACCGCCUCCAAUGAAAACAAAUGA